AUGGAUAGCAAUGUUGAGACAAAAUCUCAUCGACUUUCAAUUGUAAUCAAUGUGAUGUGGAAGUCCAAUCUUCAAGACAUUCCCUUGCUUCUUAAUCUAUUAAAAAGUAAUCAUCCUUUUAAAGAAAUAAGCAGUGAUAAAGUCUUGUAUGAUCGUGAAAUUACAGAUUUUCUCGAAGUUAUGGUUUUUCUAAUAAAGUCUACCCUUUCUCAAGACACUGCCGGUGCUAUCUAUAUAUGGUCUCGUAUGGAAAGUAGCAUGGAGUAUGUAGGACUUGACUUAAGAGAAGCUUUGAUAAACUAUCUUUUCCACCAGGAUAAUAUUUGUUAUAUCAUUGAGGAAACUCAUGAAAUUAUAUCAAGUCAACAACUCAACUCAAUCAAGAAGCUAGUGAAUGGGCAAAUUCAAUCAAGGUUAUUGAAUUGGUAUUAA